AAAAUGUCGAGCCCGGGCCUGGAUGGAGAGCGCAAGCCCCCUUGCGUGCCGCGGAACGGCCUAGUGAAGCUGCCCGGCCAGUCCAACGGCCUGGGCACAGCCAGCAUCACCAAGGGGACGCCCGCCACCAAGAACCGCCCCUGCCCACCCCCACCCCCGCCCAGCCUGGCUGCCCCCUUGCUGUCCCGGGCUGCUCUGGCUGGGGGUCCCUGUCCCCCGGCAGGUGCACCUGGACCCCCUGCCGAGCGGCCGCCGCUGGCAACAGAUGAGAAGAUCCUUAAUGGCCUAUUCUGGUACUUCUCGGCCUGUGAAAAAUGCGUGUUGGCCCAGGUGUGCCGGGCCUGGCGACGAGUGUUGUACCAGCCCAAGUUCUGGGCGGGCCUCACGCCCGUGCUGCACGCCAAGGAGCUGUACAACGUGCUGCCUGGUGGCGAGAAGGAAUUUGUCAACAUGCAGGGCUUUGCUGCCCGCGGCUUUGAGGGCUUCUGCCUUGUCGGCGUCUCUGACCUGGACAUCUGCGAGUUCAUCGACAACUAUGCGCUCUCUAAGAAGGGGGUCACGGCCAUGAGCCUGAAGCGCUCCACCAUCACUGAUGCCGGCCUUGAGGUCAUGCUAGAGCAGAUGCAAGGGGUCGUACGCCUGGAGCUGUCCGGCUGCAACGACUUCACUGAGGCAGGGCUGUGGUCCAGUCUGAGUGCACGCAUCACCUCAUUGAGCGUGAGCGACUGCAUCAAUGUGGCUGACGACGCCAUCGCGGCCAUAUCACAGCUGCUGCCCAACCUGGCCGAACUGAGCCUGCAGGCCUACCACGUGACGGACACGGCACUGGCUUACUUCACAGCGCGCCAGGGUCACAGCACACACACGCUGCGCCUGCUCUCCUGCUGGGAGAUCACAAACCACGGCGUGGUCAACGUGGUGCACAGCUUGCCCAACCUCACAGCACUCAGUCUGUCAGGCUGCUCCAAGGUCACGGACGACGGCGUGGAGCUCGUGGCCGAGAACCUGCGCAAGCUGCGCAGCCUCGACCUCUCCUGGUGCCCGCGUAUCACCGACAUGGCGUUGGAGUACGUGGCCUGCGACCUGCACCGCCUGGAGGAGCUGGUGCUGGACAGGUGCGUUCGCAUCACCGACACCGGCCUCAGCUACCUGUCCACCAUGUCGUCUCUCCGCAGUCUCUACCUGCGAUGGUGCUGCCAGGUGCAGGACUUCGGGCUGAAGCACCUGCUGGCCAUGAGGAGCCUGCGGCUGCUGUCUCUGGCAGGCUGCCCGCUGCUCACCGCUGCGGGGCUCUCCGGCCUGGCGCAGCUGCAGGAGCUGGAGGAGCUGGAGCUGACCAACUGCCCGGGGGCCACGCCCGAACUCUUCCAGUACUUCUCGCAGCACCUGCCCCGCUGCCUCGUCAUCGAGUAG